CCGUCGCGUAAAACUGUAAAAAAAAACCCAACUGGAAAUAAAAAUCAAACCUCUCCGACUUCCCGUCUCCAGUUACUGCCUGCGGUCUCCCGAACUCAAAAAGAAAUCAAAUCACUCUCCCCCUCCCGCUCCUAGGGUUUCUUGAACCACCUGCGAUUCACAGGCUCGCUUCCGUCUCCCCGGCCCUCUGCGCCACCAUCACUUCGCCUUCGAAGCUCUGUUCCAGUCAACGUAGCCGGAGCCAUGUCGCUGAGGCCAAACAACAACAAGAAUGAGAAUCGCCGCAACAAGUACAAGGUCGCCGUCGACGCCGACGAAGGCAGGCGGAGGAGGGAGGACAACAUGGUGGAGAUCCGGAAGAACAAGCGCGAGGAGAGCUUGAUGAAGAAGCGGCGUGAAGGCCUCCAGCCCCAGCAGCUCUCGGCGACUCUCCCUGGUGCUAUGGAGAAGAAGUUAAUUGGAUUUUUGUUCAAUGUGCAGUUGGAAAGCUUGCCUUCUCUGGUUGCUGGUGUUACUUCGGAUAAUGGUAAUCUACAGCUCGAAGCCACCACUCAGUUCAGAAAGCUGCUGUCCAUCGAAAGGUGCCCUCCUAUUGAGGAGGUUAUUCAGUCUGGUGUUGUUCCUCGCUUUGUUGAGUUCCUUAUGAGGGAGGAUUUCCCUCAGCUCCAGUUUGAAGCUGCUUGGGCUUUGACAAACAUUGCUUCUGGGACCUCUGAGAAUACCAAAGUGGUGAUCGAUCAUGGUGCUGUUCCAAUAUUUGUUAAGCUUCUUGGUUCUGCCACUGAUGAUGUUCGGGAGCAGGCUGUGUGGGCCUUGGGAAACGUUGCUGGUGAUUCCCCAAAAUGCCGUGACUUUGUUCUGAGCCAUGCAGCACUGAUUCCUCUUCUGGCUCAAUUGAAUGAGCAUGCCAAGCUUUCCAUGCUAAGGAAUGCCACUUGGACAUUGUCGAACUUCUGCAGGGGCAAGCCUCAGCCUCCUUUUGAUCAGGUGAGGCAAGCGCUUCCUGCACUUGAGCGUCUCGUGCACUCCUCUGAUGAGGAAGUCCUUACUGAUGCAUGUUGGGCGCUAUCCUAUCUUUCUGAUGGUACAAAUGAUAAAAUCCAAGCUGUGAUUGAGACUGGUGUUUGCCAGCGACUUGUGGCGCUUCUCCUCCAUCAAUCGCCGUCAGUGCUUGUUCCAGCCCUUCGCACAGUUGGAAACAUUGUAACAGGAGAUGAUUCUCAGACUCAGUGUAUUAUCGGCCAUGGUGCACUCCCAUGCCUUCUCAACAUGUUGAACAAUACGUUUAAGAAGAGCAUUAAGAAGGAAGCAUGCUGGACCAUCUCCAACAUUACAGCUGGAAACAAGGAACAGAUUCAGGCUGUGAUUGAAGCUGGUCUGAUAGGCCCUCUAGUUAACUUGCUUGCAAAUGCGGAGUUUGACAUAAAGAAAGAGGCUGCUUGGGCUCUCUCUAAUGCUACUUCUGGUGGUACCCAUGAUCAAAUCAAGUUUCUGGUGAGCCAGGGGUGUAUAAAACCAUUGUGUGAUCUCCUUGUUUGCCCUGAUCCAAGAAUCGUCACAGUCUGUCUCGAAGGACUAGAGAAUAUAUUGAAGAUCGGGGAAUCCGAGAAGAAUUUGGGAAAAACUGAAGUGAACUUAUUUGCCCAGGCUAUAGAUGAUGCUGAGGGUCUUGAAAAGAUUGAAAAUCUUCAGAGCCAUGAUAACAAUGAGAUCUACGAGAAGGCAGUUAAGAUUCUGGAGACCUAUUGGACGGAGGAAGAGGACGAUACAUUACCUUCUGCUGAUGCUACUACGCAGUCAGGUUUUCAGUUUGGCGGAAAUGACCUCCCACCUGGCGGCUUCAACUUCAGUUGAAGGGGCUUAAGUUUGUUAUGAUGGCGAAGUUGUGAUGGUCGCGAAAAACUGUGGCGGCUGAAGUCGCAGUAUAUCAAGGCAACUUGUGUCGUCAGAGUCAGGUCCAUUAUGCUCUCAUGGGUCGAUCAAAAGCUGCCUCAAUUGGUCAGUCAGUCGUUAGAGUCAAGUGUCAGUCCACAAGGAGUCGGGAGAUUGGGAGUGCAGUGUCGUCCGUCUGGCCAGCCAGCACUGGCAAUUACUAUGAAAGGCAGUCAAAAGGGUCAGUCGUGUCUGAUAAUCAGAUGGAGGCUUCCUUUUGGUGUGGGUAUUUUUUUGCAUUGCACGAAGCAUCGAGGAUUUGGUCGGGAGUCUUGGUUGUUUUUAGUAAAAACUCAUAAUAUACAGUUGUAUUUUUACAGUCUAUUUGAUUGCAUUUGCAUAUAGUCGGCCACAACGUCAUCCGUCAGUCAGACAGUUGUGUGGAUUUCUUGAUUCUACAAGGAAAUGAAAUGCCAGUUAUGGAUUUUUUGAACCUGUUAUCCCUGUCUUUCCUUUCUUUUUUUUUUUGUUUAGCUUUUGAUGACUGUCAUUACUCAUUAGUAGUCAUUUGGGUCGUUCCGAGUAGUCUAUCUGCUGAAAAAAGCAGUUGUGGGCAUGAACUAGUAAGUUUUGAUGUUAAGCUUUUACGAUCUUUGCCCUUGUCUGGGUUAUAUGAGUAAGUUAAACUCUGCUUCGUGAGUCGUAUUGUUAUGGCAAACAGAUGUGCUUUGUGUUUGCCACCGUGAGCGACUUGAUUGAACCACCAAGCCUCUAAACCAAAAACUUCACCCUGUGAUAAGAGAAGUUGGUGUUUAAAUUCUCAGAAGCCCUUUUUAAAUGCGAUUGAGAGUUUUAAUUAUGGUCCAGGUCGAGCAUGCGUCAUCACUACACUAAUGCUGUCUAUCAAUUUGCAUUUGCAAAGAGUAAAGUCGGAAAGACACAUAAUGCAUUGAAUGAUGAUAUGAUUUAAAGAGAUCAUUUAAGGGGUUUAGCUGCCCAGGAGGUUUUUGAUGUGUUGCUUUCUCUCUCGGACCUUUCUACUCUGCUGCUCUCUCCUACUGUAAUGUUUCCAUUCACCAAUGUCCAAUAGUUUAAACUUAGAAGUAGGGAGUUUAGGAUUCAAAUUCGUCUGUACUUAUUGAUAAUCUUUUGUGUGCAUAUAGCUGCAUGAUGUUUCUUGCUCUUUAACCAUAUAUAUGUAAAAGUUUGCAAAUCACAUACACAAUAUGGAAUUGG